AUGGUUCCAGCCGAAAACUUUCUACCCCCUGAAUUCCCCGAACUGGAACAAAACGAAUUGAUGCAGCAGAACGCCUUCUAUUUCAAAGAGAGGGUGCAACACCUGAAAGAUGUAAUGAAAAAUUUUUCCAGCAUGUCCACCAGCGAAUUCAUCGGCUUCGAAAAACCAGUUUUUCCUUUACGUAAGUUUCCAAAAUUCCCAACAUUUGAAAAGUUGCCGGAAGUGGAGCACGACUUCCCUCCUGUGAUCGAAAACUGUGGGUCUCACAGGAAGUUGAUCAUCAAAUUCGACGUGACCGACUACAGACCGGAAGAAAUCGUUAUCAGGACGGAUGAUGGUGUUUUGAAGGUGAUGGCCAAGCAUGAACACAAAUCCGGGAAGAAGAAGGCCACCCAGGAAUACGUACGGCAAUAUACUUUGCCCAAAGGGGUGAACAAUGAAGACUUGGUUUGUUCUCUUGGAAAUAAUGGAGUAUUGACCGUUGAAGCUGUUAUUCCCAACAAGUCUUCCAAUAACUCUUUGAAAAUAUUACAAUGA